AUGGGGGUUAUCUAUGGUGACGAUGACACGGUAUCGGCGGGCAGUAACCUGGACAUGGAGGACCGGGUGUCCCACCUAGAGCAGAAGCUGCAGCUGCAGGAGGACGAGAUCCAGCUGCUGAAGGCCGCUCUAGCCGACGCCUUGCGUAGGCUGGGCUGCUGUGAGGAGCAGAGCCUGGGUCAGCCGCCGGGGGGCCACGCUGCUGGGAGGAGACCCCUGCCCACCACAGCAACAGCACAUACCACCAAGGUGCGUCAGCUCCUGCAGGCUCUUCCCUCCAGACCUCUGAAUAACGGCUACGUUAAACAGAAGCGCCUCCUCUCCUCCCCCUCCUCUCCUAAGAAGGAGGUGCUACAGUCCAUCAAGAGGAAGAGUAUGUCCACCGAGCGUCUCACUAUGGUGAGGAGAGAGAUGGGGGUGGAGAGUCGGAGUCGGACCACCUCCUCCAGCAGCUCCUCCGGCAAAGGGUAA